AUGGAAGCAUCCUUGCAAAUUAGUAAGAUUAGUACUCUGUCUGGAAAAAUGGUUCAAUUCAAUCAGAAAGGAAGCUGUAAGGAGAAGUUUCUUCAGCAGAGAACUAUGAUCAGAUGUCAGGCUGAUAGAACCAUGCAAAAUGGAAGAGCAGCCAACUUUUAUGAGGUACUUUCCCUUGAUUGCUCCAAAUCUGUAGGUCUUGACGAAAUCAAGAAAGCCUAUAGAUGCAAAGCUCUCAAGUUCCAUCCUGAUGCUUGUCCUCCAACUGAAAAAGAGGAGUCCACGAGGCGAUUUCUUGAGCUGAGAAUGGCAUACGAGACAUUAUCCGAUCCAAUUUCGCGAGAAUUGUACGAUCUUGAGCUUAGUUUGGCUGAAGCGGAUGGAAGAACAAGACAUGGGAUGAGUUGUUCCAUGGGAAAUAAGGUGUGGGAGAGGCAAAUCGCUGAACUGAAUGAGCGAUCAAGGCAAAAGAUGGAGAAGAGAAAGAAAAUGGGAAUGUAUAAUUAA